GCUUAUCUCUUUUCUUUGUUCUGCGUCCCGUCUCCCUGAAGUCAGCACUGAGUUUUAGCGGAGGUUUCCGCGCGAGCGUUCCGAGUCCUCCGUCGCCGAGGUUCCCCUGAGCUAGCGGUCCCCGAACAUCUGCAAAGCGGUCGCGUCAUGGAGCUGUGCCCUUCUGUGAAGAAUGUGCUCUUGCUAGAUUCUGAAGGAAACCGCAUUGCGGUUAAGUACUACUGCGACGACUGGCCGACCAAUAGCGCAAAGGAAGCUUUCGAGAAAACGGUAUUCACUAAGACCCAAAAGACCAAUGCGCGGACUGAAGCUGAAAUAGCGAUGUUCGAAAACAACGUUGUCGUUUACAAAUUUGUACAGAAUCUUCACUUUUUUGUGACUGGAGGUGAAGAUGAAAAUGAGCUCAUUUUAGCGACAGUUCUUCAAGGAUUUUUUGAUGCAGUUGGUAUUCUAUUAAGGGGCCAGGUUGAGAAGAGGGAGGCAUUAGAAAACCUGGAUCUGAUCCUAAUGUGCCUUGAUGAAAUUGUUGAUGGCGGCAUUAUUCUUGAAACAGAUCCGAAUGUGAUAGCGGGGAAGGUCGCAAGUCAAAGUGUGGAUGCUGGAGGUCCUCUGUCUGAGCAGUCAAUAAGUCAAGCAUUGGCCACAGCGAGAGAGCACUUGACCAGGUCUCUUCUGAAAUGAUUCAUGCACCCGAUAGAAUACAUUGUGUCUCCACCAUAGGUUAGGGUCGUAUCCAUACACAGUUCGUUGCUUUUGAUUUUAAUGCCAAUUGAACUGUCAAUGGCAAUUUGGCUUCUGGAUUUACUGAAUGAUGUGGAUGGGCUUCUGUGAGGUUUUUGGUGGCUGCUAAACUGGUUAUGGUCUGUAAAUCAAGUACUAGAGCAACCAUUUUAGCUUAAUGGAAAUGAUUCC